AUGUCCGUGACCGUGACUGAGGAGAUCAUUGGCGUCGUCAGUACGGCCUACUCUCCGUCUGGCAAUCUCAAGGUCAUUCUGAGAGAGACGGGAGAUGAAAAGGAUAAGAAGAGAUUCGUCGAAGUUUGGAAUAACAAUCCAGCUAUGUUGGCGUGUAAGGACGUGACAGAUGUUCAUGGGAUAUUUUACGCCGAUGAUUUCUUCAAUUCACUAUGCUUCUCGCCUUCGGAAAACUUCAUCAUCUAUACUGCCGAAAAAAAGAAACCGACAGAGAAAAAUUCGUUCGAAAAGUUUAAUUACAGGCAACCGUUUGGAGAAGGUCUCGCAGGCAAACAUACUCCCGUCUUGUUUCUCUUCGACUGGCGGGCUACCAAAUUAGUUUCGCUGGAACACGACGCGCCGGUGUUUUUUGGUCAAGCGCUGUUCGGACGUUCCUCUGAGUUCAAGAUAUAUGCAACUGGAUACGAGACUGCCUCGGAUGAGAGGCUUCUCGGGAUUAGAAGUUGUUACAACCGUCCAACAGGAAUCUGGCAGCUAUCAAUCACCCCCGCCCAAGAGAUUCAAAACGAUGCAGACUCCUGGAAAUGCAAUGUGAUAAAGUUGACUGCCUCUCAUUUAUCAUGCAGGUCACCCCGUGUGGUGAAAUCCAACGGGAAAGACACCCUCUUGUGGAUUUCACAACCCACAGGCGGUGCACAUGGCGCCACGUCGGCGCUCCAUUCUCUUGAGAUCACCAGUGAUAUAGAUCCUUCCAAAACUCAGACGAUCGUCGAUACGGUAUGGGAACCUGCUAAAGACGAGUUUCCGGGCUUAUAUCUAUCAGACUCUGGAUUACCUCGGACUACACAUGUAAAUUGGGGUGCAGGAGACUAUAUCGUUACUUCAACCAACUGGGGCUCUCGUUUCACGAUCGUUCUCAUUUCUUUGCUUGAUGGGGCGGUCAAAGACCUCACGCCACCCGAUGAGAAACUCUUGAGCUGGUCUACAGUUUUGGGGGCAAAAGGAGAUCAGUUUGUGUGCGUCCGAAGCUCGCUCACAAGUCCAUUUGAGCUGGUAUUAGUCAAGUUCGACACAGAUGGCACUUGCAGCUUUUCUACGAUACACAAAACAUCGAUCUCUGCGGAACUUCGCACACGCUUGAAUUCUCUGACAGUCAAAAUCGUGCCUAUCCCUAACCGUUUUCCGACAGAAACUAUAGUAGUUCAACAAAGUUCCAGUUCGACGAAAGACAACGAGAAGAUCCAUCCCUGUAUCACCAUACCUCAUGGUGGUCCACACGGAGCUAGCACAGUGACGUAUACAGCUUCAGUGUGCUUCCUUGCUCUCGAAGGCUAUACCAUAUCUCUUCCAAAUUACACGGGUUCCACUGGAUAUGGAGAGAAAUACAUACAGGCUCUUAUUGGUCAAUGUGGUACAUUGGAUGUUGGCGAUUGCAUUGAAUCUGUCCGCCACCUCGUGAAGAUCGGUGUGGCAAACGAGGGACGCGGUAAAAUGUUCCUUGGUGGUGGUAGCCAUGGAGGCUUCCUUUUGGGACACUUGAUUGGCCAGUACCCACACGUUUUUACUUCAGCUGUCCUACGAAACCCAGUCAUAUCCGCAGGAGAAAUAUCGACCUCUGACAUACAGGACUGGUAUUUCUCCGAAUUCGGCAUUGACUACGCACUUUCGUCCCUUCCCCUUGGUUAUACAGGCUCCUCUACAUCCCUCAAGGCCGUUGUCCCUCCUCGCAUCAUGACGCCGGAAGUAUACUCAAAACUGUAUUACGCAUCGCCCAUUGCACACGUCCACAAAGUUACUGCAUCUGUACUAUUGCUGAUAGGUGAUUCUGACCAACGUGUUGCGCCAACUCAAGGUAUUGGAUAUUAUCAUGCUUUGAAGGCUCUUAGGACAGAUUCUCCGGAUGACAUUGGGAUCAUGGUAUUUCCUGGUGAAGGCCAUCCUCUGGAAGGGGUUGAAGCUUCGAAAGUAGUAUGGUUACGUACGGUGGAGUGGUUCCGUAGGGAAGCUUCCUAG